UUCCUCUCACAUGCUGUGAGUGCCGGUCCAUCUUGUGAAUGAUUGAUGCUCAUGAAAAUCCUCGAACUCUGGAGGUUUGUAUUUGCGUACUGUACUCGCUUGCCUUUUAUCAUCUACCUUUAUACGUUGUAGAUUUUGAUCUUUAGCUUGGGUUCUCCUUUUCUUUUCGUUCCUUGAAUUAUGGAGAACUAGAGACUUUUUGGGUUUCGUUGCUGGCUUUUGCUUUCUAGUCUGAGAGAGAUAAUCGAUGGAUUUGCUAAUUGCUAGACCAGGUUGUGUCUUUGGGGGGUAUAUUCUAGUUGUGGGUUUUUGUUUCUUGGGUUUAUUGUUUUGAAAACCCGGAUGAAAGUUGGCAUUUUUAUGGCUGGGAAUUGAAAAGUUCUGAACUUUUACGAGUUUUUAGUUGUGAAAGUUGGAAAUUGAGAUAGGUGAUUACUUUUCAGAUGCGGGUUUUAGUUGUGAUGAGCUAAAAUACAAGUUUUUCGGUACAGUAAAAUUCAGAAAACAGAACAGAAAUAAUAUUGGUCUUCAGUUAUUGAUUUUUGGCACAAUGUCUUUCCACACGAUGAAUUAUGCAUCCCAUAUCUUGAGUUAAGUAGAUAUGAACAGGAACCUUUAUGAGACAAGGUUUAGUCCAGCUCUAGCUGUUCCUUCAUCAUCGAUUCUCUUACAUGCUGAUGAAAGUGGUAAAUUUCCUGCAUCUAAGAAGGGUCCUGUUUCAAAUACACCUUCAAGAAGCAGUGACUCUACUGGUUCUUUCCUAGGUAUUAUUGGAGGGGUGUCCGUGGUUUCUUCACUGAAUUUUUUGAGAAAGCUAGUCAAGUGGAGUUCAAAAGAUGGAGAAAGUUCCCUUCCUUUUAUACUUCACUCUGAUUCUGUGUUAUAUAAGGAGCUUUUAUCACAUGAGACUUAUUUUCCUUCCCUCAGGAGUAAAAGGGAAUGUACUCAUGAUUCAGACCCUACCCCAAUUGUGGAUAAAAAGGUUUUCCUAGAGAAUUCAGGAGCUCAUUGCAUAGUAAUGCCCUGUAACAUUUCACAUUCAUGGCAUGAUGAGGUUUCUAAAGGAUGUUCUGUUCCUUUCCUCCAUAUGAUGGGUGAGUCUGUUGCCAGGGAGCUCAAGGAAGCAAAGUUGAAGCCACUUGAAGUUGGGAUUCAUUUGCGGAUUGGAGUACUUGCGACUAAUGCAACUUUAACAGCAGGAUUUUAUCAGGAGAAACUACAUAAUGAAUGAGGUAAAUUCAUUCUGCCAAAUAAAGCAAUUAUAGAACAUACAGUAAUUCCUGCAAUUGAAGCUUUAAACAGAAAGGACAUGGAAGGAGCUAGCGCUAACGUUUUGAGGAUUGCUCUCCAAGUUCUUUUAGUAAGGGCAAUGAACUCAGUAAUCAUUGUCUCUGAUGAUAUGCAUGAUCUUUUGAAUUGGGAUGAUCCACUUCUUAAAAAAUGUAUUGAUCCAAUGGACUCAUUGGCCAGGUCAACUAUUAAGUCAGUCAGCUUCUUGCAAAAGUCUAACUUUGGAUAA